GGAAGGGAACGCCCGUGGGCGGAAGUGACGUGCGCCGGCUCUAGGCUCUGAGGGGAGGUGUAGCCGGUGCGAGAAGGGAGGCGGUAGUGGCGGAAGAGGUUCAGCAGCUGAUGGCAGAUCAACAUCAGUCGCCUGUCUAAUGCUCUCCCUUGGUCUGGGAGCCCCUGCACUGGAUUCACAAUGACAUCUUUUCAAGAAGUCCCAUUGCAGACCUCCAAUUUUGCCCAUGUCAUCUUUCAAAAUGUGGCCAAGAGUUACCUUCCUAAUGCAUACCUGGAAUUUCAUUACACCUUAACUCCGUAUAUCCAUCCACAUCCAAAAGAUUGGGUCGGUAUUUUCAAGGUUGGGUGGAGUACUGCUCGUGAUUAUUACACGUUUUUAUGGUCCCCUAUGCCUGAACAUUAUGUAGAAGGAUCAACUGUCAAUUGUGUAUUAGCAUUUCAAGGAUAUUACCUUCCAAAUGAUGAUGGAGAAUUUUAUCAGUUCUGUUAUGUUACCCACAAGGGUGAAAUUCGUGGAGCAAGUACACCUUUCCAGUUUCGAGCUGCUUCUCCAGUUGAAGAAUUGCUUACGAUGGAAGAUGAAGGAAAUUCUGACAUGUUGGUGGUGACCACAAAAGCUGGCCUUCUGGAGUUGAAAAUUGAGAAAACUAUGAAAGAAAAAGAAGAAUUGUUAAAGUUAGUUGCCGUUCUGGAAAAAGAAACAGCCCAACUUCGAGAACAAGUUGGAAGACUGGAAGGAGAACUGAACAAUGAGAAAGAAAGAUGUGACCAACUUCAAGCAGAGCAAAAGGGUCUUAUUGAAGCAUCACAGUCCUUAAAAGUGGAAAAUGAAGAGUGUAAGAAGAGAUACAGUGAUGCUACAUCCAAGGCUCUCCAGCUUGAGGAGGAUAUUGUGUCAGUGACACAUAAAGCAAUUGAAAAGGAGACUGAAUUAGACAGUUUAAAGGACAAACUCAGGAAGGUACAACAUGAAAGAGAACAACUUGAAUGUCAGUUGAAGAUGGAAAAGGAUGAGAAGGAACUUUAUAAGGUACAUUUGAAGAAUACAGAAAUAGAAAAUACCAAGCUUAUGUCAGAGGUCCAAACUUUAAAGAAUUUAGAUGGGAACAAAGAAAGCAUGAUUGUUCAUUUCAAGGAAGAGAUUGGCAGACUGCAGUUCUGUUUGGCCGAAAAGGAAAAUCUGCAAAGGACUUUAAUGCUUACAACCCCCAGUAAAGAAGAUACAUUUUUUCUAAAGGAACAACUUCGUAAGGCAGAGGAACAGGUUCAGGCAACUCGGCAAAAAGUUAUCUUUCUGACUAAAGAACUAAGUGAUGCUGUCAAUGUGCGGGACAGAACGAUGGCAGAUCUACACACCGCACGCUUGGAAAAUGAGAAAGUGAAAAAGCAGCUCGCUGAUGCAGUUGCAGAGCUUAAACUAAAUUCUGUGAAAAAAGAUCAGGAAAAGACUGAUACACUGGAACAUGAAUUGAGAAGAGAAGUUGAAGAUCUGAGACUACGUCUUCAGAUGGCUGCAGAUCACUACAAAGAAAAAUUUAAGGAAUGCCAGCGACUCCAAAAACAAAUAAACAAACUCUCAGACCCGACAAUCAAUAAUAAUAGUGUCUUCACAAAGAAAAUUGGGACUCAACAGAAAGUGAAUGAUGCUUCAGUAAACACAGACCCAGCCACUUCUGCCUCUGUGACAGACAGAAAGCCAUCACCUUCUGGAGCAGAAGCAGAGUUUGAUGUGGUAACAAAGGGGCAAGUCUGUGAAAUGACCAAAGAAAUUGCUGACAAAACAGAAAAGUAUAAUAAGUGUAAACAACUUUUGCAGGAUGAGACAACAAAAUGCAAUAAAUAUGCUGACGAACUUGCAAAAAUGGAGCUGAAAUGGAAAGAACAGGUGAAAAUUGCUGAAAAUGUAAAACUUGAACUAGUUAAAGUAGAAGACAAUUAUAAACUUCAAUUGGCAGAGAAAGACAAAGAAAUAAGUGGUCUGACUUCACAUUUGGAAAGCCUCUCCAGGGAGAAGGAAAUAAAAGGGAGUGUAGAAAAUCAGGCUGAAAGGAAAAUGGAAGGUCAGCAUUCCCAGAGUCCUCAGCAGGUCUUACAGUGUCUUAGCACGUGCCCUGAACAAAAUGGUCACAUUCCUGCACUGCCAAAUGCACAGCCAGUUCUGCAAUAUGAUGGAGCAGAUGGUGCUUUUUACCCAGAUGAAAUUCAAAGGCCUCCUGUGAGAGUCCCCUCUUGGGGACUGGAAGACAAUGUUGUCUGCAGCCAGCCUGCUCGAAACCUUAGUCGGCCUGAUGGCUUAGAAGACCCCGAGGAUAGCAAAGAAGAUGAGAAUGUGCCUACGGCUCCUGAUCUUCCAAGUCAGCAUUUACGUGGCCAUGGGACAGGCUUUUGCUUUGAUUCCAGCUUUGAUGUUCACAAGAAGUGUCCCCUCUGUGAAUUAAUGUUCCCUCCCAACUAUGAUCAGAGCAAGUUUGAAGAACAUGUUGAAAGUCACUGGAAGGUGUGCCCAAUGUGCAGCGAGCAGUUCCCUCCUGAUUAUGACCAGCAGGGGUUUGAAAGGCAUGUUCAGACCCAUUUUGAUCAGAAUGUUCUAAAUUUUGACUAGUUACUUUUUAUUUUGAAUUAAGAUAGUUUAGCAGUUAACCCCCCCCCAAAAAUCAUCUCAAAUAGACCAGUGAGGAGACCACACACAUCACUUUCACCUACUCUUUAUUAUACUUUCUGACCAAGAGCUACUUUUGAGUUUGGUGUUAACUAGAGUCAGGGUUAAUCUUUGGCUUAUCAAUAAAUAUAAUUUUAACCUGUGUUACUCUUA